CUCCAAAGCGGCCACCCAGCCAGCCCAGUCCGGCAGUCGCAGGAAGACGGAAAGGUCCACACACACAAACCCUCCAUAAACAAAAAGCGAAGCAAAGAGAGCGAGCGACCACCACCAAAACCCAAACCCUAACCAACGCCACCACCACCCCUACGUUUCUGCUGUCUGUGGGACGCGCAGCAGAUCGGCGCCCGGAUCCAAUGGCGCGCUUAUUGCUGCUGCUGUAGCGUAGGGCGGCGAGGAGACCGGUGCUCGGAUGCGGCCGAUCUGAGGCAUCGGCGAGGAGGAGGACGAGGGGAUGUCGUCCCCGCCGGCGCCAGGUGGGGCGUUCGACCGCUACGUCCAGCGCGGCGGCGCGGUGGCGGUGCCGGCCUCAAGCGGCAACACGGUUUUCAAGAGUGGACAUCUCUUCAUAUCAUCCAAAGGACUUGGAUGGAAAUCAUGGAAAAAACGCUGGUUCAUCCUCACACGAACAUCAUUAGUUUUCUUCAAGAGUGAUCCUAAUACCUUGCCCCAGAGAAGUGGUGAAGUGAGUGCUACUCUGGGUGGGAUUGAUUUAAACAAUUCUGGCAGAGUAUAUUUCUUGUGCAGUGUGGUAGUCAGAGAAGACAAAAAAUUGUUGACUGUCCUUUUCCCAGAUGGUCGUGAUGGUCGUGCCUUCACCCUUAAGGCAGAAACUUCUGAAGAUUUAUUUGAGUGGAAAGCAGCAUUAGAAGAAGCUCUUGCACAGGCUCCAAAUGCAGCUCUUGUGAUGGGGCACAAUGGGAUAUUUCGCAAUGACACUUGUGAUGCAUAUGAAACAACGGCUCCAAAUUGGCGAGAGAAAAGGCCAGUCAAGUCACUAGUUGUUGGCAGGCCAAUUCUGCUUGCGCUCGAAGAUAUCGAUGGCAGCCCUUCUUUUCUAGAAAAAGCUCUGCGUUAUCUUGAGAAACAUGGGAUAAGGGUGGAAGGAAUUUUGCGCCAGGCUGCCGAUGUGGAGGAGGUUGAUAGGAGGCUAUGUGAAUAUGAACAAGGAAGAACCGAGUUUGCACCAGGCGAGGAUGCACAUAUUGUUGGUGACUGUGUGAAGCAUGUUCUUCGUGAGCUACCAUCUUCGCCAGUACCUGCUUCUUGUUGUACAGCUUUAUUGGAAGCUUUUCGCUUGGAGACUAAGGAAGCUCGGAUAAAUGCUAUGCAUUCAGCUAUAUCUGAGACAUUUCCUGAGCCUAAUCGGCGCUUGUUACAGAGAAUCUUGAAAAUGAUGUACAUUGUUGCUUCUCAUACCAUGGAGAAUCGGAUGACCGCAUCAGCAGUUGCUGCCUGUAUGGCCCCUCUCUUGUUGCGUCCGCUUUUGGCUGGGGAGUGUGAGAUGGAUGAAGUAUUUGAUGUGGAUGGUGAUGAUUCUGUCCAGCUUCUUGCUGCUGCAAAUGCUGCAAACAGCGCUCAGGGCAUUGUUGCAACUCUCAUGGAGGAAUAUGAGAUUAUAUUUGAUGAUGACCAUCUUGUCAGGUCUUCCCUAUCACCUGGGUCUCAGAUUGAAGACAGUGGCAGUGAAGCAUCAACUGAUGAUGUAAAUAUGGACACAAAAGAUAAUGGAUUUCAUGAUGCAGAAAAUGAUGUAGAUCAAGAAAUGGACGAUGACAAUGGUGCAGAGCGUAUACUUAGUGGAAAAUUGAGUGAGAGCAGUGGAUAUGCUGGGAGCGACUUAUAUGAUUACAAGGUUCAUGCUGAUGAUUCAGACGCUGAUUGCUCUGUUGAUGAUAAAGGAUUGGAAGAAGAGACAGAUUUAAGCAAAGUUCCAAAAAUUCAUUCAUCUGAAAAUGGUUCAAAAAAUAUGGAAAUGCCUCUGAGUGAAAAGAAUCCUUCCAACCCAACAUCCGGUCAUGAAACUCCAUUGUCUAUGGGAGAGAUCCUUUCUUCUUUGGAUCCUGGAAUUACUUUACCUAGUAUCAGUUCGGAAUAUUCUGCAGACAGACACUCGAACAAAACUAAUGGAUCUCACUCACAUGUGAAGCGUAGUAACUUUUGGGGGCGUAAUAGUGCAAGAAAGAGUCAGCAUUCAGAAUCAGUCGACUCAUCUGGUGAAGAAGAGCUUGCGAUUCAAAGGCUUGAAAUUGCGAAGAAUGAUUUGCAGAACAGAAUUGCCAAAGAGGCUCGGGGUAAUGCAGUUCUACAGGCGAGUUUAGAAAGAAGAAAGCAAGCACUACAUGAGCGCCGUUUGGCCCUGGAACAGGAUGUGUCCAGGUUGCAAGAGCAGCUACAAGCUGAGAGAGAUCUUAGAUCUGCACUGGAGGUUGGGUUGAGCAUGUCUUCUGGACAGUUUUCAAGUCCACGUGCUAUGGACUCAAAGACAAGGGCUGAGCUUGAGGAGAUUGCUCUCGCUGAAGCUGACGUUGCGAGGUUAAAACAGAAGGUGGCUGAACUUCACCUCCUACUCAAUCAACAACGCCAACAACAAUAUGGCCCAUCUCUUGAUGCAAAUGAUCGGUAUCACUGUAAUCCUGGCCAUUUUUCACAGCAAAACUUUGUUCAACCAGGAUUUGACAUGAACCUUGCCUUUUGCAAUCAAGAGAAGCACAGAAAUGAGGAGAGCUCGGUGGAUGCAUCUCAAUGGAGGAACAUCAAACAACAUGUGCUACCUUUUGGUUCUUCAAGGCCACUAACCCGCAAGCUUUCCUUAGACGCAUCUUCAAGUGAUUCACGAGGCAUGGAGGCAUCAACAAGCAUGUCAUCAGAGAACACUUCUGUCGUAGUCAAUGUUCCCAAGUUAGCCGAGGGUGUUGGAUAUGGGAGGCAGCCAAUGGUGGCAUCCUCCACUUUGGUAGAACUAACAACUAGGCUAGAUUUCUUUAAAGAACGGAGGUCGCAGCUGAUGGAACAACUCCAUAGUCUUGAUUUAGGGCAUGGAUCUGCUUCUCAGGGUUUUCAGUACAAGCCGCCUUCUCCUUGGAACAGUCCAAGGUAGGAUAUGUUCAUUGUAUAUCCUGGGUAGAGAGACUCUUCCUCCGUCUUCAUCAUUUGGUGGUAGUGUAAAUUCAUUUUCCUUCUCUAAUACAGGCUCAACGUUUUGUUGUUACAUUAGGUAGCUAUUUGAGUCUUGAGUGUGCUGUUGUAGCCUCAUUUAUGUAAUGUGUCAAGAGGUGUAUUUAAAACAAGUUUUUCAGAGAUGUGGUGGUAUAUAUAUAUAUAUUUGUUUGGUGUGGCUGCUCAUAGGGAAUGGAAUUGUUUUCUCCUUGUAA